CUUUCACUCUGCUUGUCCUAAGUCCUUUCGAUUUCCUGAAGCUCUUUAGCGCUGCAUUGUCGGUGAGAAUCGCGUUGUGUUGAACUGUUAAGCUGUUCGGUUUUUCGUGGACGUCUGGUUUUGGUUCCGGUUUAGAUUUUGGAUAAUAUCCUGGCUCUUCGACCUCAGCGAGAUUCUGGAAUUUCUUUGUACUGGCGAAGCGAUUAGGGUGGUGAAUUAUUUUGCCUUAUUGCCGCUUCGUAGCGUUCAAGCCUCUGUCGCAUUCGACUUCGUGGGCUCGAGGCUUUGUAUGGAUGUGUUGUCUAUGAGGAUGGACUCUGCUAAGAAUUAGGACAGUUGUGGUACUUCUUGUCGUCUUCUUUUGAAGAUUUGAGACAGGAUUUUGGACAUCAAGACGAAUUGUAUGGCCGGGGCAAGAAUUCUUUCCCGUGCCAUUAGUGGACCGUUUGUGGUCCAGCAACCCCACCUUACGCGACCGCCUCCGAGUGUAGGUAGAUUCGUGGCACGUUUAUCCAUUGGCCGUGUUCCCGUCUUUAGAUCCCCGCUACAAAGUUCUGGGGCUUCUUUUUUUGAGGGUGUCAGCUUACGACCAAAGCUUCAGCCUCUGCAAACCUUGAUUUUAGACGGGCAGGGGACAAUGUCAGACACCAUGCCUUCUGUGGAAGGUGCCCGAGCUAUGGGCGGUGGAAAGAGAACGUUUCCUGGUGGCGUUAGCAAAUGGCAGUGGAGAUAUGCGCAGAAGAAGAAAGAAAAAGAGGCCGAGAAGGCUCGGCUUGCACGCGAGAAGCAAUUGUUUGACGAGCGUCGCCGCAAUGAGGCCAUGGGUGUUGCCCCAGUGCUAGAGAAGCCGUGGGAGCCACGUUCUUCAUCACCUGCGUCUCCUCUUCCUCCAGCUCGCCAGGAUCCUCAGGUUAGAGCACUUGCUAGCAGAUUCGUAAAACCAGGAGCCGUGGAAUUGUGGACAGAGGAAGAUGGUGCUGUUACGAGAACUGAACCGAAGCCUUCCGCAAGGUUUUUGCCGAAGGCUGGCGGUCAAGGCAAUUUUGUGGGAGGGAGUUUUGGAGGAUCCUCUUCGAGCAAUGGCAAAAGAAACGGCUCAAGCAAACGUCGUAGUGGUCCUGUACCAGUAAUUGUAGACACGGACAUGCCUCUUGCCGAUGAUGUUGUACAGCGUAAGAAGUUAAAAGAGUCACCAGAAAGCAGUGACGAAGAACCCCUGGUCAUAGAAGAAAAAACUGCUUCUCAUUUAUCAAAAACCAGGUUUGACAACUUUAAGAUAUCUCCACUUUCCCUUAAAGCUCUACAUGAGGUGGCUGGAUUUGACACCAUGACAGUUGUUCAGAACGAGACAUUACCAGUAAUUCUUAAAGGAACGGACGUGCUAGCUAGAGCGAAAACGGGCACUGGCAAAACUGUUGCUUUUCUGUUGCCAGCUAUUGAGUCUAUCCUACGAGAAGGAUCUAGGAAAGUGAAGAGGAAUUCAAUUAAUGUUUUAGCCAUUUGCCCGACUCGAGAAUUGGCUACUCAAGUUGCCGCCGAAGCUAAGAUGUUAACUACAUUCCACCGUGAUUUAGGAGUGCAAGUCGUCAUUGGAGGCACUAACAUGGCCACGGAGAGUGCGAGGCUUCAGAGAUCACCAUGUCAAAUUCUGGUUGGAACUCCGGGAAGGCUGCUCGACCAUAUUCAAAGUGAUCGAGCUGUCCGAAGUCAGUUAGAAGACCUUAAAGUUUUAAUACUGGAUGAAGCCGAUCAGCUAUUGGACAUGGGAUUCAGAAAAAGUUUGAAUGGCAUCAUCAAAGCGUUGCCAACGGAGAGACAAACUCUCUUAUUCUCAGCAACUGUUCCUAAUGAGGUGAAAAGCAUGUGUGAAAUUGCCUUGAAGAAAGGCUAUACGUAUAUUGAUACUGUCGGAGAGGACAACGUUGAGACUCAUAUGAAGGUCCAACAAGAGUAUCUUCUUGUACCUUUAGAGAAGCAAUUGUCAAUUCUCUAUGCUUUGCUGAAGGAGCACGCAGUUGAAGACCCCGAUUUCAAGGUCCUAGUCUUCUGCACUUCAGCCAAAUGUACAGCCUUGUUUGCGGAAUUUUACAAGAAACUUGGUAUGAACACCCUUGAGAUUCACUCUCGGAAGUCGCAGUCUUUCCGAACCAAAGCAUCAAAUGAAUUUCGUAAUCACCCUGGUGGCGUCAUCAUGUUUACAUCUGAUGUUUCAGCCCGAGGUGUUGAUUAUCCAGACGUCACGUUUGUUGUUCAGGUUGGAACACCAGCAAGUCGAGAGCAGUACAUUCACAGACUUGGUCGCACAGGUCGAGCCGGUAAGGAAGGGCGAGGACUGCUUCUGUUGACGCCCUGGGAGGAGGUGUUCUUGAGGUCUUUGAAUGACAUUACAAUCACUCAAUCCAAGGGCACGGAAGUCUCUCCGGAUAUUGAAGCAAAGGUGAACAAAGCUUUGGGAUAUAUUGAUGAAGAUACAAAGAGCAAAGCAUAUCAAGCAUGGUUGGGUUACUACAAUUCAUGUAGACUCUUAAAGUGGGACAAACAGACACUCGUGAAGCGAGCAAACUUGUUUAGCUCUACACUAGGCCUAAGGCAACCACCAGCGUUGCUGAAAAAGACCGUUGGCAUGAUGGGACUUAGAAACGUGCCCGGUUUGACGGUUAUUUAACUCUUUUACCACUGGACCUUUUUGAUUUGUGCCAUUAGUCUAGGAAGCCUAACUAAACAUUGAUGCUAUAGAACUUAGCAUCGUAGUUCUCAGGGGAACACGAUGUUAACUUAGCAUCCCCUGAGAAUUUUGGCUACGCCUGCUUUCGGUUAUGGUCGCUAUUGUAACAGACGUCCACGAUGGCUUUGUGGCGAGAAUGAUCCUUGUGGGGGUUGUACUAUUUAGGUUACCUAUUGUGGAGCUGGUGAAUUCAAACUAACCUCGACCUUCGUCCGAGAGAGUGGUAAAUGUAGGAAUCAUUCAUACGUAGCUUAGCGUUUUUGUGGAGCUGAACUGGAUAUGAAAUUGAAUUCAUUUCAUUCGCCAUCGGUGUGUUCUACUGUUGUGUGGUCCCCUGUUACACCAGCAGAUUUGAAAUGGAUUUUUUCGGUCCAUUUCUACA